UUAUCAAGGGUCAUUGUUCUUACUUUAUAAAAACCCACCUCUUCCUUCCAUUUUCUGCAUCUCCUGUUGUGAGAUUUGUAGAAAGAAGAGUAAACCCACAAAGGCAGAAACCUUUGUUUUCAUCUAUCCUUAAUCAUCAAUUAUUUCCUCAACCAGCGAUAGAUAUCAUCAUGUCAUACCCAAAUGAAUCAAGCAGGGAGGACUCUCCACAGAUGAAGACUGGAAGGGGAAAGAUUGAGAUCAAGCGGAUCGAGAACACAACUAAUCGCCAAGUCACCUUCUGCAAAAGACGCAAUGGAUUGCUCAAAAAGGCCUAUGAAUUAUCUGUUCUUUGCGAUGCAGAAGUGUCUCUGAUUGUCUUCUCAAGCCGUGGCCGCCUUUAUGAGUAUGCUAAUAACAGUGUUAAGGCUACAGUUGAUAGGUAUAAGAAGGCAUGCUCAGAUACCUCCAACAGUGGAUCUGUUUCAGAGGUUAAUGCUCAGUUCUAUCAGCAAGAAUCUGCGAAACUGCGUGUUCAAAUUGGGAAUUUGCAGAAUUCAAACAGGCAAAUGCUCGGCGAGUCGCUGAGUUCUUUGAAUGCCAAUAAUCUCAAGAACUUGGAGGGUCGAUUAGAGAGAGCAAUUAGCAAAAUCAGAUCCAAGAAGACUGAGCUGUUUUUUGCAGAAAUUGAGUAUAUGCAGAAGAGGGAAAUUGAUUUGCACAACAGUAACCAGCUUCUUCGGGCAAAGAUAGCGGAGAAUGAGAGAAACCAGCAGAACAUGAAUCUGAUGCCAGGAGGGGAUAACUACGAGACCGCACAAUCUCAGUCAUUUGAGUCUCGAAACUAUUUUCAAGUGAAUGCCUUACAGCCCACAAAUCAUUAUCAACACCAAGACCAGAUUGCUCUUCAACUAGUGUAAGAUUAAUACCCUGAAUUAGCCACGACAUAUUUAUCGAUCAGAUCAUCUGUUUCAUCGAUCUUCAUGCCACUUCUGCUUGAAGGAGCAAAAUUAUCUAUAUGGUGUCCAGUUAUUAGUAUUUCAUUGUCUAAAAAGGAUGGUACAAAAAUACUGAAAAUAAAAUCAUCUUUGAUC